CUCAGUUGCCGUAUUGCCACUCACUCAACCGUGCCAUCAAAACACGGAAGUAAAAAUAUUCCAAACAUGUCAGGUAACGACUAUAAACCUGUGAGCCAUGUCAUAUUCGACAUGGAUGGAUUGUUAUUAGACACUGAGCGACUGUACUCUGUGUCUUUCCAGGAAGUAUGUGACCGGUUUCAAAAGAAAUACACAUGGGAAGUGAAGUCAAAAGUGAUGGGUGCAAAGGCUUUAGAUGCAGCCCAAAUCAUCCGGGACACUCUGGAACUUCCAAUUACGGCCGAGGAACUCGUUACUGAAACGAGACAAAUACAGGAGAGGAUAUUUCCUUCAGCCAAACUCAUGCCAGGUGUGGAGAGGCUGGUGAACCAUUUGAAGAAACACGGUAUCCCUAUCGCUGUAGCGACCAGCUCGGCAGGUGUGACAUUCAACCUAAAGACCAGCCAGCACAAAGAUUUCUUUGCUUUGUUCGACCACAUUGUUCUGGGAGAUGAUCCUGAGGUGAAGAAUUCCAAACCCCAGCCUGACUCCUUCCUGGUUUGUGCCAGUCGAUUCAAGCCUCCGGCUUCUCCAGAUACUUGCUUGGUAUUCGAGGAUGCUCCCAAUGGUGUGAGGGCGGCCUUGACUGCAGGAAUGCAGGUGGUGAUGGUUCCCGAUGAGAACUUGGACCCGACUCUGACUCAGGAGGCUACUCUGAAGCUGAGGAACUUAGAGGAAUUUCAACCGCAACUCUUUCACCUACCAGCAUUUGGUUGAGCCUCGGGAACCCCCCAAAAAACAUUGUCUCAUGUCAUUUAAAAUUUUUGUGAUGUGUUUUGGCACAAUCAGUUUUAAUGUCAUGUGAGAGACUCUGAUUUUGAAUAAACUCUUUGCAGCUGUCCAAUCCCA